UCCUUCAUCUCAUUCUUCCUAUUUUCUUUCCCCACAAAUCCCCAAAUGGCUUUUCUUUCUCUUCUCUUUGCUUUUUUCCUCACAUUGUUCUCCCCUGCACUUGGCCGUGGUGCUGGUGGUGGUGGAUGGAUCAAUGCUCAUGCCACCUUUUAUGGUGGUGGUGAUGCAUCUGGCACAAUGGGUGGAGCUUGUGGGUAUGGUAAUUUAUAUAGCCAAGGAUAUGGAACAAACACUGCAGCAUUAAGCACAGCACUCUUCAACAAUGGCUUGAGUUGUGGUGCUUGUUUUGAGAUUGUGUGUGUUAAUGAUGCUAAAUGGUGUUUGCCAGGAGCCAUUGUUGUCACUGCAACAAACUUCUGCCCACCCAAUCCUGGUCUACCUAACAAUGCUGGUGGUUGGUGCAAUCCUCCCAUGCACCAUUUCGAUCUUUCCGAGCCGGUUUUUCAACACAUCGCUCAAUACCGUGCCGGUAUUGUUCCAGUCGCUUACCGAAGAGUGCCAUGCAGGAAAAGAGGAGGGAUAAGGUUUACAAUCAAUGGACACUCAUACUUCAACUUGGUGUUGAUAACAAAUGUUGGAGGAGCUGGUGAUGUGCAUGCAGUGGCAAUCAAAGGGUCAAGGACUGGUUGGCAAGCAAUGUCCAGAAACUGGGGCCAAAACUGGCAGAGUAACAACUAUCUUAAUGGCCAAGCACUCUCUUUUAAGGUCACUACUAGUGAUGGCCGUUCAGUGGUGUCCUACAAUGUUGCUCCUUCUUCUUGGUCCUUUGGCCAAACCUUCUCUGGUUCCCAAUUCCACUAAUUUAUACUCUCCCAUCAUUCAUACAUAUAUAUAUAUAUAUAUAUAUAUAUGGUUAUUGUGUGUGUUUAUUUGGAUUUAAUUAAUAGGAGAUGAGAAGAAGAGAAGACAAGAGAAGGGAAGAAAAGAGUGGUGCUCUGCUUCUGGUUCUCUGUUUCUCUUGUGUUUAUCUCUUGUUAGAACUAAUAGUAAGUUUGGAAGAGGUGGAAAGUGUUACCACCCGCCAAUUGGUAUAUAGAAUUUAAGGUUCAAGUGUCUGAUUAAUUUGAAGGCACUGCUUUUGAUUUAAGUGGAGAGCUUUUUGGGGAGAAAAGCUUUUCAGAGUGUCA